UCCCUUCCUCUCUCUUAUCCUUCUCUUCCUUUCCUUCAUCUUUCUUCCUCUUCUUCACAUUUUUAAUCAACCUACAAAACCUUCUCUAAUCUCUCUUUUUCUUCCUAAUAAAAAAAAUGUUACUUGUAGCUACACAUUCACACUUUUAAUAAACCUACAAAACCUGCUCUAAUCUCUCUUUUUCUUCCUAAUAAAAAAAAACUUACUUGUAGCUACACAUUCACACUUUUAAUCAAUCUACAAAACCUGCUCUAACCUCUUUUUCUUCCUAAUUUAAAAAUGUUACUUGUAGCUACACAUUCACACUUUUAAUCGACCUUCAAAACCAAAUCUAACCUCUCCUUCCCAAUAAAAAAUAAUCUUACUUGUAGCUACACAUUCACACUUUUAAUCAAUCUACAAAAUCUGCUCUAACCUCUUUUUCUUCCUAAUUAAUUUUUUUUACUUGUAGCUACACAUUCACACUUUUAAUCAAUCUGCAAAAUUUGCUCUGAUCUCUUUUUCUUCCUAAUUAAAAAAUCUUACUUGUAGCUACACAUUCACAUUUUUAAUCGACCUACUAAACCUGCUCUAACCUCUCUCUUUCUCUUCCUUUCAGACGCUCGGCCAUCCUCACCACGCCCGCGGCCCACUCCGAUCACUCACCAUGCAAGCCUGUGACCCUCUCGACGACCCUCAGUCUCACUACACGACCCACGUCUCCUUCACCUCCCCCACCCACUCCCUCACCCCCACCCACACCAGAGCCCCCUCCGCUAAGCGCCUCGCAGCUCUCAACCCCCACGAUCAGAUCUUACCCACGAGAACGAGAAGGAAACAAACAGAAGCGGCUCCCAAUGUCACCCUGGGGAACGCCGCGAGAGGAGGAUAUGCGAUACCGCAAAGAGAGAAUCCAUCCCCGCUAGGCCCCGGCACCCCACCCUCUGAUUCCCCGUUUAGCACCCUUGAAGCGAUCUCCCCAGCCCCGACGCUUCCCCUGGGGCUCACGAAGGAGGCAGGGAAGGGGGAGGAGGGGUUGGGGUCGCGUGAGGAGUUGAAGAGACCCGAGGUACGCCACCAUCUCGUCGACAUUCACGGCCUGGCGGUCUUUCUUCGGCGUGCCACCAGAUGCCUCUCCUGCCGGGCGGCCUUUUGUCUCUACGUCACGGGCAAGAUCUCAGCUCACCUCGCGGCUGUUACGCAGGUCAAAAUCACAUGCCAGAAAUGCAACUAUACAACCUCGCAGACAUUAUCCAAGCCUGCAGGAGUUCCAAGCGAUUCCGGUCCCCAGCAGACCCCUCCAGCCCUCGCCCCAGGCCCCGCAGUAGCCCCCCAGGACAAGAAUAUACCCGCACCCCCACCGUACCCUCAUCCCCCGCCGCCGUACCCCAAUAAGUCCCGUCACCAAACAGUUAUUAAGCUUCUGAAGGAGGAGAACCCGAAUCCUCCUGAUGUCCUCCUGAAGGGGAAGGAAGCGUUCAUCCCCAUGCCUUCCCUGCCGCCGCUUAUGCCCAUUGAGAAGGUCUGGGUGAAGGAAGUGGGGAAGUUGGAAGUCCCCGAUCACUCCCCGUCGAAGGAUGCGUCAGUUGAGAGGAUCGAGAAGGAGGAACAGGUGGUGGAAGAGGAGGAUCAGGAAGGGGCUGUAGUAUCGGACGUCUUUGAUCCUCUCUCGACGGACUGGUGUCACUGGUCUGGGACUUCGGUAUCUUCCUCUUCUGCCCCUUCGUCCUCGUCCGCAGUUCCUCCUCGUCUUCAGGUCCUCAGCAGCGACGGAGGAAGAGCAAGAAAUAGAGGACAUCUUCACACCACCAUAACCACCACCACCGCCACCUCCUCCACCACCACCGGCUCUUCUUCCCGACAACACAGCCGGUCCCCACCCACCCUCUCCCUCCCAACCCUUCCGGAACCCUUAGAAACCCCGACGGAUCCCUCUGCUAUCUUACAAAGACGCCUAAGGGAAAGACACGAAGGGGAUAUUGCGUCGAAGGGGCUAUCCAUGUCAUCUCCGUCCUUAAACUCCACCUACGACGCUAUGACCAACGGGGACCACUCUUCCGUUCUUCCUGCCGUUGAUGGGAUGUUCCUGGCGCCUUCCUCAUCUGUGUUCACCGUUUUCUCCUCCACUCAAACGCCCUACGCCCUUCCUCUAGCUCCCAACCUCCUCCAGAGUUCCCCUGCAGCGUCCCUACCCCGUUCGGAACCCUCUCAACAUCUUCAGUCGCUAGAGAUCAAACAGAAACUGGAACGGGACCUUGAGGAAUCCCUUCGCCUUGUAAGACGCAUGAUACAGCUUGGCCCAGACUCCGCUUUGGCGCUGCCCACUCGGGACCUCAAGGGAAUGAGAGCCGGGAAGGGGGUCCAUGAUGCGGCUGGCCCCACUCAGCAUAGCACUUCACAGGGGAGUCUAGAUGCGUCUGUGGGCCCUGGAGAGGAGCUAGUGCCGAAGGGAAACGGUGGGGGAGGCAGGGGACGUGGUGGUGAGACUAGUGCCGGCGGAUCCAAGCGAAGGAGAGAGAGGAGGACGAAGAACAAGUCGACUCAGAUGGGAGGAGUUGACAGGAAGGGAGGGAAGGGGAAGGCGGCGGCGGUGGGGACGACGGCAGGGAGGAACAGAAAACGAGACGGAGGCGGAGGAGCAGGAGGAAGCGAAGGCAGAGACAAAGAUGAAGAGACAGAAGGGAAUAAGAGAAAAAGGAGGAAAUCCAGUAAGGUCUCAACACCCCAGAAAUCUGAAGAGACGGGGGAGAGUGUUAAAGGACCCCCAGACCCCUCUGAGGCACCCCAGCCGACUCAGGAACCUGCAGAAGAAGUACAAUAUACCUUGAAGCACUCCCUCAACGGCGGCGGCGGCGGUGGUGGUGAUGGUGACAGCAGGAAGAAGGAACAAGAGAGUGAGUUACAGAAUGGAGUAGUCGGCGAAGAAGGAGGGAGUAGACAGUCUUACUCCUCCUCCUGUCGGUGCUGUAACGUCCCCCACUCAAGAGGAAGAGGAGGAGAAGGAAUAGAAAGAGAAGGAGAAGUGGGAGUAGGAGGAGAUCAGUCAUACCUCUCCCAUCACUCCCACUCCUCCUGUAAGUGCUGUAGCGUCCCCCAGUCAUCCCACUCCGUUCUCCCCACUCCCUCUUCACCCCCAGGUCCCUCUCCAAGCCACCGGGGAAGUCACGAAACCUGGGGACCUCCAACUAGGCUUCCAGGGGACUCCACAAGCAGAAGGAGGCUACGGAAGGCUAAGAUCGAAGGUCCUGGUGGGAUAUCCUCCUCCCCUUCCCUUCUCCACCUGAUCUCCACUCUCAAGCACGCCUCUCCUCCCUCUCCACCUCCUCCUCCACCCCCAAGUGAAGCCAUAAGGGAUCUAAUGCCCUCCGGAAUACCUGAUAGCGUCUUGGAUCACCUACAAAGGAAUCUGACUCACUUGGUGCAGAAGAAUUCGCUAAAACUCGCCCUUCGAAGUCUUGUACGGAGAACAACCUCGCGAUCUUCUUUCUCCACCGCCUCCUCCUCUUCCCGCUCCUCCUCCUCCCGCGCUAGGAAGUACGUGAAGAUAAGUGUUGGUGUGGAUGAAGAGGAGGAGGAGGAGGAGGAGACGAAGGAAAUGAUAAUGAGGAGGAUAUCAGAAGGAGGAGGAGGAGGUCAGGAGGAUGGAAGGUCAGCCUCGUGGAGAUUUCAUGACCUUCUCUCUAGUGACUCUGACCCCGACGACGGAAGGUUAGUCAUUGACACGGAACAUUGAUCUCUGACCUGACCUGACCUGACCUGACCUGACCUAACCUGACGCUAAGUUGACAUUGAAAUCACUCGACCGACUUUGACAUGAUAUUUGUGAUUUAUUUUUUCUCGUAUUUUUUCUUUUGUCACGUGACCUUACCAGCGACCUUGACCUCGCCUCCUUGACUUGACGUCGGCCAGAUGAUGGUUGUUAAAAUGCCAAAUUAUUAUUAUUAUUGUUAUAAUUUAAAUAUGUGUGUGUUCUAGUCAAGUGUAUGUGUGUGUGUGUGUGUGUGUGUGUGUGUGUGUGUAGGUAGGUAGAAAUUGAAACCGAUGUUGUUAUUAUUAUUAUUAUUAUUAUUAUUAUUAUUAUUAUCAUCAUCAUCAUCAUUAUUAGGCAUUAUAUUUACUGGAGGUCAUAAAUUAUUACUUAGUCACUAAUGUAUGCAUAUAGGUGUGUGUGUGUGUUCAGUUUAUAGUUAGAAUAGAUUAACCAUUCCACAAGGCACUACAGACAAACUACAAGAAAGAAAGAAAGAAACAAGAAAGUAAGAGAAAAAAAGAAAAUCAGUAUAAAAAAAGAAAAAAAUCAGUGUGUGUGUGUGUGUGUGUGUGUGUGUGUGUGUGUGUGUGUGUGUGUGUGUGUGUGUGUAGCGGGAAGUUCUAAUUUAUAAACCUAGGAAGUACAAUAAGAAUUAAGUCUCGAAUAAGUUAGCCAUUCAAAUCAACUUACUUAAUUAAACUUGAUAAAUAAAAAUAAUCAAUAAAUAACAAAGAAAGUAAUACACGUGUAGGUAGAAAACUAAGUCCAAAUAGUAUGAUGUAUGUAAUAAUAAUAAUAAUAAUAAUAAUAAUAAUAAUAAUAAUAAUAAUAAUAAUAAUAAUAAUAAUAAUAAUAGGUUAACAGUAUCAUCAAAGGUAGCGCAUCAGGUAGUAUAUGUAAUUAGCAGUAAGGUGUAGUCAUUUACCUGUACUAAUUAGUCUAUAAAAACAGGUGUAGACGAUGUAGCUCAGACCAGGAAAUACAAGUGUGAUAAUAUGUGGUCACCUGGCUCUAUUUUCAAGCCUUUGGUACAACUCAACAGACGAAUAACCUUAAAAGCCUUCAAUUGCUAACCUUGAGGGCGUAGUUUUACAGGUAACAAUCCAACCAGCUCAUAAGAGGGUAACGAGAGGGGGAGGGAGGGAGGGAGAGAAGGGAAGGAAGGGAUGGAGAGAAUCAGGGAAGGGAGGGAAGGAAGGGAGGGAGAGAAUAAGGGAAGGGAGAGAAGGAAUUGAGGGAGGGAAGGAAAGGAGGAAAGAGAAAUUCAGUCAAGCAGGAAACCAUCUAGAGAGCUUGCGAAGACCAGACAAGGUUGAACUAGCCAGGAAUAACCUUCAACGUGGCCCUCGUUCAACAGGUAACGAUCUAACGAGCUCGUAAAGGGGGUAACGAGAGGGAGGGAGGAAGGGAGGGGAAGCGGGUAGGAGGGUGAGGAAGGGAGACAAGGAGGAAGAAGGCCACGUCGUCAGCCAUUCGCAUACGAAGGUUGAAGGCGUGUAUUCCCAGCUGAUGUUACCUGCCUGGCGUCACUACUGGAGGUGUUAAUUACAGGUAAGUGUGUGUAUAUGUUUAUUAGUAACUCGCAUAGGAAGAUUAAAAGUCCACCAUAUGAGUAUAUUACUGAAGAAGGAGCAGGGUUGAAAUACCUACUACUGGCAAGGUUAAUUACAGGUAGCCUCUGUGUAUAUCUGAUAUUAUGUUUUGUCACUUGCGUAGACUGGUUAAAAGUCCAAAGGUGAUUCCCCUAUACGUUCCUACAUGGUUACAGGAGGAGCAAGGAGGUAGGAGGGUUCAAAUCUCUACUGCAAACGUUAAUUACAGGUAGUUAAGUAUGUCAGUGGUUAUUUCUCACUUGCGUAGAAAGGUUAAACGUCCAAAGGUGUUUUCCCAUACGUUCCUACAUAGUUACAGGAGGAGGAGGUAAGGAGGGUUCAAAUCUGCUGGUAACGUUUAUUACAGGUAGUUAUGUGUGUCAUUGUAUUAAAAGACUAUUCCUAAAGUGUUCUCAGUUCUCCAUUCUCUUUGCUUUUAAUCCUCUCUGGCUUAACUUAACAGGAGUAUAUUACAUAAGAAAAAUGCAUCUAUAGUCUCCGUUUAACCCGGUAGCAGCGACGGGCCAAAUUUGUGCUAUGAUAUAAAUACCCCAAAAUAGAUGAUACAUAAACUUAUCAGAAAUGCUUUGAUAUAUAUUAUGAAAUAGUCUAUGUGAUUAUUUUUUUCUCAUUUUUCUCGCUUAGAGGGACCAUUAAUAAACAUGAUCCCCCACUGCUACCGGGUUAAAGGUAUCAAUUGUGGCUUUAACAGGAGUAUAUUACAUAAGGAAAAUGCAUCUAUAGUCUCCGUUUAAAGGUAUCAGUUGUUUGUUCCACUCCUCUACCACUGUUCAUGAGCCAGAUUGUUUUGCCUCUUUCUUUCUGUACGUUAAUUUGCCCACCUGCAAAAGGAGUUGGAGGAGGGGGGUUCAAAUCCCCGCCGUACGAGUUAUUUCAGGCGGGGGUGAGCCCAAGGACACCUAUUUGACAAGGCUUUCGUAGGAGUAGUGGGCAUUUCCAGUAGUAGUUUUAUGACCCUGAUGGUAAUUUGACCCUUCUGUACCAUGAACCUGAAGAAACACUCUUUAGAACCAGGCUGACCCCCUCUUUGACCUUUGGAAAUAGCUAAUGUGAGAAGCGAAAGUAUCUUAAUACCAACCAAUUAAUUAUCGCCCUACGAGGUUCACAGGCGCGUCAGCUGGAUGAGCGGCGUCUGCAGUCCACGAGUUUACCAUAUUCACUUUGCAUCAAGAAGGUAAGACUACGUGUGUGUGUGUGUGUGUGUGUAGGCUAACUGUUAAUUGCAGAAAAAAAGUUACAAGGGCUGCGUAGAUCUUUCAUUUAAUUAUUUCUAAGGCAAUAUCAGAGGAAAGACUUGUGCGCAUGUAUGUGAGUGUGUAAAAGCAGUGUACUUAAUGAAUGAAUGAGAUGGUCUAUAAUCGAAUACUUAUAAGAUUAGAGGUAAUAAUAAUUUUGGUUAUAUUGUGAAUUUUCUUUUUAAUGUAGGCAAGAUAUCUCUUACAGUAAAGAUAUUUCAUCACUAAUUCUACCUUAGAGUUUCUUACAGUAAUAGUACAGGCAUGUAUUUAUUUUUUUCUUGUUUCUGGUGAUAAUUUAGCAAAUUUUGAGUACAUACACACUUACAGGCCUCAAAAAUUUUACAUAAUAAUACUUAAGUGUGUCCGGAGGAAGAGUUUUAAGUCUUGUAAAUAAACCCGUUGUAGCAUCUCAAGUUUAUUAUAAAGUUACAAUACAAUGUGACCGUAAUUCUCCUUUCUCUCGGCAAUAUACUAGUGAUCUCUUCUCUGUAAUCUAUUCUUCUCUCUGCAAUAUUCUGUGAUAUCUUUCUUCUUGGUAAACUUGUAGGUAAACUUGUAUUGUUCCCUGUGAUCUUUUUGUGAUGUCUUCUCUCCAUAAUUGUCUCCCUUCUCAUAAUGGAACAGAGUGACUAGAAGAAGCUCCUGGAGAACGGUGACUUGCUGCCUGCCUGGAUCUCUUCAACUUGUUGGCAGGCUGACGUGACUGGCUGGCUGACACAACUCCUGGGGCGGCUGGGAGCUCGUCACCUCUCCCAUCUGCAAGAAAAAAAGAGUUCACCCAGAUGAAUGUAUGAUGUUUGGUCAAUAAAUGUUCUUUAUCGUAGA